AGCGGGACUGACACCGGGCGCAGCAGCAUCGCGAUGCCGGGGCGCGCGCCCCCCGAGGCUCCGCGCGCCGCCCUUUUCCUCGCCGCGGUCCUCGCGUCCCUUCCCACCCGCCCGGCGCAGGGAGAGGAAGAUACAGAACUGUCAGGAGACGUGCCCCCAGGCACGGGAGGCCUGGAUGAAGAGUCAGAGGCUCUAAGCACACUUGCUUCAGUGACCACAGAACCUUCCAUCACCAAUAUAAAUUCUACCCUUAUUGACGAAGACACAGACCAGUUAGAGUUUAUAUUAAUGGUGUUGAUCCCAGUGAUUUUACUGUCUCUCCUGCUUCUAUCAGCGAUACUCCUUGUAAUAUACCAUAAAAGAAAAAGGAAUAAACAAGAGCCCUCUAGCCAAGGAUCUCAGAGUGUUUUACAGACACAUGAACUGGGAAGUGAAAACGUGAAAGUCCCUAUUUUUGAGGAAGACACACCCUCUGUGAUGGAAAUAGAAAUGGAAGAGCUUGAUAAGUGGAUGAACAGCAUGAAUCGAAACGCUGACUAUGAAUGUUUACCUACUUUAGAGGAAGAAAAGGAACCAAACCACAACAACCCAAGUGACAAUGAAUCCUGAAACUGAAUGGUGCUAAUGCUUUCCAAGAGAAGCAGCCCCAGAGGAAGCCCGUUGGGCCUGCCAACAGAGGAUGAAGGGGAUCCGAAUUUAAUUAACUUCAAAUCAGUGUAAACACAAGAACCUUUUGCCGUUGCUUCCAACGCCCACUCUUCCGACGCCCAACGCAUCACCUUUACUUGGAAGAAUGCUUGAUUGCGAAGUGCCGGGCAAAGGUUGGAUGCCAUCCAUUGCUGAGGGUGGUGGAGCCACAAG